AUAAUGAAAGUAAUGAACGUGUAUUUGUUAGCAAGUUUUUUUGUAGUAACAUAAAGCUGCAUAACCAAUGUUAACGCAUUGAGCUGAUUUUGGUCACUUGUUCAUCUGAUUUUCACCUUGACACCAGUUUUAAAAAUAGUCUGCACGUACUAACGUAACGUGUUUGACUGUGAGCGCGUACAUUGCAAAUAAAAGGAUAUGCUUUUGUUAAUAUUAUGUACGGCGGAAAUUUAACAGGGCUUGGCUGCACAAUAAGUAAUUAUACUACAUAGGAAUUCAAAAAGGUUUACUAAAAGAGCCGUCCCCGCUAGUAUUCUUGCCUACACACGUUUUAACGCUUUCAGGGCCUUUGACGAGGAAAGACGUCCAAUCAUGUUUUCAUUUUUUGAGAAUUGAAAUUAGUUUAUCACACCCUACCACUUAAAAUAGAUUGGACGACUAUCUCGGUCAAUGGCAGCCAAUGAGCUAAAAAUGCGCAUGGAAGAGGAAGCACAUUUCAACUCCUGCAAAAAAAAAUGUUGUAUUGGCAUAAAAACGUCGAAACUAGCGUUAGGUGCUAGGAUACUUUUCAACAUUCGUAACUGUGUUCCAGUCAGUUGCUCUCAUACAACCCAUAGCAACAGUGACGUGCGGUCAGGGGAGGCAGGUGAGGCAGAGCCUCACCUGUCAUCAUGACAAAAAAAUAAUUAUAGUAUCAAAUUUAUAUGAAUAUUUGUCCAUUGCUCUUUAUGUAUGACUCAUUUCAAACAUUUUUUAUAGUCAAAAUCGCUGAAUUUGCCUAUUUCCUGUUCAAAUAAAGAAAUGAAACGAGAGGUGCGGCAGCAACGAGUAAAGCCUCACCUCUGAUUGCGCAAUCCAUAACAAACUGGGUUGAUACAUGGAAUUGGAGCGUGCUGGUUGCCGUACAUCUGCAUGUCGCCGUUAUAAUGUUUCCAGAUACAUUUAUUUGACCUGAUUUUCCACAUUCUGGCUAAUGUCUUUAUCCCUUAAAGUUUAAUGUUUGUUAGCGACAUAUUUAGUUUUGCUGAUGGGACAUAAAACCGCAGUGAAAAGGCACAUGCUGCGGCAGAUAGUACUCUGCCACACUGCAAGGGGGCGUACGUGAAACUGGACUUUCCAUUAAAUGUGGACGCGGUUAACACAACACCGGAGCUAGAAGGUUUGCUUCAAACUACGGGACAGAAGAUAACUUGCGCUUUUCAAACGGACUGGUACACCCGAAAAGACUGGCUAUGUGGCUGCCCUUCGAAAAAUCGCCUUUGCUGCUUUCCCUGCCUUUUCUUCUCAACUUGUGCCAAUGUCUGGACUAACACGAGAUAUUGUGACAUUAAAAAACUACGACGAAGCCUCAGCAAACAUGAGAGCUGGACCACUCACAUUCAAAGCCUGAUUGCUUUAAAAACUUUUGGAAGCUCAAGGAUCGAUUUGGCUUUGACGAACAGCGGAAGCUCACCGGUAGCAUCAUCAAAGCUAAGAUGCAAAGCACCAGCGUGACGCUCCAGUCCAGGAAGAGGAAACGAGAUGUCUCCAAUGUGGACAAUGAGAUGGGAGAAAGGAUUGGGAAAAUCCCCAGAUGCACUGUGGGAUUGAAACACCCUGCACCUUUCGCGGAUGAGCUCGUGCCAGCGAACGCGCAACCCUACGAGAGAGUCUGCAUGGAGGAGGCCAAACGGGGAACGCAACCGGAAAGACCGGUGCGGGUUUACGCCGAUGGAAUCUUUGAUGUUUUCCACUCAGGGCAUGCUAGGGCUCUUAUGCAGGCAAAAUGCCUCUUCCCAAAUACACACCUCAUUGUUGGUGUGUGCAGCGACGACCUGACGCACAAGUUCAAGGGCUUCACGGUCAUGAACGAAGACGAGCGCUACGACGCCGUCCGGCAUUGUCGCUACGUGGACGAAGUGGUGCGAAACGCUCCCUGGACGUUAACGCCGGAGUUCCUCGCUAAGCACCGCAUCGACUUUGUGGCUCACGAUGACAUCCCGUAUUCCUCGGCGGGGAGCGAUGACGUUUAUAAGCACAUCAAGGAAGCAGGCAUGUUCGCUCCCACACAGCGCACAGAAGGAAUCUCCACCUCCGACAUCAUCACCCGCAUCGUCCGCGACUACGACCUGUACGUCAGGCGCAACCUGCAGCGCGGCUACACGGCCAAGGAGCUCAACGUCAGCUUCAUCAACGAGAAGAAGUACCACCUGCAGGAGCGCGUGGACAAGGUCAAGAGGAAAGUACGAGACGUGGAGGAGAAGAGUAAGGAGUUUGUCCUAAAGGUGGAGGAGAAGAGCAUCGACCUCAUCCAGAAGUGGGAGGAGAAGUCCAGGGAGUUCAUUGGCAAUUUUUUGCAAAUGUUCGGGCCUGAAGGAGCUCUGAAGCACAUGCUGAAGGAAGGCAAAGGUCGCAUGCUGCAGGCCAUCAGCCCUCGCCAAAGCCCGAGCAGCAGCCCCGCCCGCGAGGAGCGCUCGCCCUCGCCCACUUUCCGCCUGCCCUUCUUCAACAAGAGCUCGCCACCCCCCUCGCCAUCGGCGCACCACAGCGGGGCACGCGGUUACCUCAUCAGCGAAGACGACGAAGACAAUGACGACCGAGAUGAUGACAACUAGGAUAACCUCUAAUAUUUUGUUGGUUUUUUUUUUUGUUUCCCUUCGCGCUCAGCUUCUCUAUCUUGUCGAAAUUUAGCACUUGUUUAUCAUCACGUUGCUUUUGUUAUUUUUGUGCACCACUUCAGAGGAGGCUUACUUAGCAGCCAUUGACGUGGACAGACGUCCAUUUGAACGAAUGUUCAUUCGCCAACUCCCAGUCAAAAUGGAUCGGACGUCUAUCAAUGUCAAUGGCGCUGAAACGUGAGCAUUUGCAGACAGUUUAUAGGAAUUGGACAUCUAUCCUUGUCAAUGGUAGUGAAUGGGGAAUUUCCAUGGGAAAUAAAAUGUAGCACAUUUGAAGAAGCAUUGAGCAAGCAACUGCUAAGUCUCAAAAGUACUGCUGCCUCUUUCAGCCAGGUAUUAUUUUGCCAAAAAGAACUUUUCCUUCAAAAGCAAUCUUCAUUUUUAUACAUUUCACUUUUAUUCCCAUGGAAAAGUCCUGAUUACAUUGCAAUCUUACCGACACUGUUUUUUUGUUUGUUUAGUUUUUGCAAUUACAGGUCCUUCUAAAAAAAAUUUGCAUAUUGUGAUCAAGUUCAUUAUAUUCUGUAAUCUACUGAUUAACAUCAGACUUUAAUAUAUUUUAGAUUCAUUACACACAACUAAAGUAGUUCAAGCCUUUUAUUGUUUUAAUAUUGAUAAUUUUGGGAAAAAAAGUCAAGAAAAACCAAAAAUCCUCAUCUCAAAAAAUUAGCAUAUCAUGAAAAAGUACUUUAAAGAAGCUACUAACCUAAUCAUCUGAAUCAACGAAUUAACUCAAAACCCCUGCGAAAGAUUCCUGAGGCUUUUAAAAACUCCCAGCCUGGUUUAUUACUCAAGACCUGAUUGCUGUCCAGAAGGCCAUCAUUAACACUCAAGCAAGAGGCUAAGACAGAGAGAAAGAAAUUUCUGAGCGAAUAGGCUGAUCCCAGAGUGCUGUAUCAAGGCACCUCUGUAGGAAGGAAAAAGUGUGGCAGGAAACGCUGCACAACCAGAAGAGGUGACCGUACCUUGAGAAAGAUUGUGGAGAAGGGCCGAUUCCAGGCCUUGGGGGACCUGCAGAAACUGUGGACUGAGUUGAGUAGAAGCCUUCAGAGCCACCGUCCACAGGCGUGUGCUGGAAAUGGGCUACAGGUGCCGUAUUCCCCAGGUCAAGCCACUUUUGAACCUGAAACAGCGGCAGAAACGCCUGACCUGGGCUACAGAGAAGCAGCACUGGACUGUUGCUCAGUGGUCCAAAGUACUUUUUUCAGAUGAAAGCAAAUUUUGCAUGUCAUCCGGAAAUCCAGGUGCCAGAGUUUGGAGGAAGACAAGACAAAUGCCUGAAGUCCAGUGUCAAGUACCAACAGUCAGUGAUGGUCUGGGGUGCCAUGUCAGCUGCUGGUGUUGGUCUACUGUCUUUUAUCAAGGGCAGGGUCAUUGCACCUAGCUAUUAGGAGAUUUUGGAGCACUUCAUGCUUGCAUCUGCUGAAAAGCUUUAUGGAGAUGAAGAGUUCAUUUUUCAGCAUGACCUGGCACCUGCUCACAGUGCCAAAACCACUGAUAAAUGGUUUACUGACCAUGGCAUUACUGUGCUCAUUAGGCCUGACAACUCUCCUGACCCGAACCCCAUAGAGAAUCUGUGGGAUAUUGUGAAGAAAUUGAGAGACACCAGACCCAAGACUGUGGAUGAGCUUAAGGCCACUAUCGAAGCAUCCUGGGCCUCCAUAACACCUCAACAGUGCCACAGAAUGAUUGCCUCCAUGCCAUGCCGCAUUGAAGCAAUCAUUUCUGCAAAAGGAUUCCCGGCCAAGUAUUGGGUGCAUAGCUGAUAUAAUUGAAGGCAGAGGCGUAGCAAGGGGCCCCAGGCAACAAGCAACACGGGGCCCUUCGAGUGUGUGCAAGUAAGGAGGACAGUUCGACUUGGAGCAAUAGCAUAUUUAAUAAAAGUAUAAUAACACCUCCGUCUCAUAGAGCGCUUUUUAGGACACACAAAGUGCCUGGCUUCUACUACAUGAGGACAUAAAACUACAGUAACAUGGUAUACUCACAGCAGUCUUGCUUCCUUUUCUCCUCUUCUGCUUUUUUUUCCCUUUCUUUUGUCGCUUCCAGAAAGAUAACUUCUGUUCAUUUUAGAUAUACGCCAAUUUAAAAAAAAGCCAAAUCGCCGCUCACUCUUGGUCUG